GUUAGACUCCACACCUUGUUAUUUCAGCUCAGUGAAGUACUAUUGCAACGUCUUGUGGCUGCUGAGUUGAGAUUUCACUGUAGCUGGUGCAUGAAUGCUGGAUGUCUCCUGCAAUUCUGGACACAUAGACAAAGACAACUUUUAGAGCAAGAAAACACUCCUAAAUGGAUAUUGAAAGCAUGGUGCAGAACAGUGCUCUUAUUAAAGCCAGAGAAGGGGGAGGAAUUAAAGGCAGAAGCUGGAAAUGGAGAGAGAUGCUUCGCUUUCCAAACAUUAGCCAGUGCGCAGACCUAAUCAUGACGAUAGAACGGGACUACUUUAGUCUCUGUGUGAAACAGCCUAUUGGCAAGGAGCUGUUUCGGCUCUUCUGUCAGAGUCGUCAGGAUCUGCAGAACUACACAUUACUCCUGGAUUCUUUGGAAUCCUUUGAGACAAAGUUGGAUGAGGAGAGGAAAGAGUUUGGCCUUGGAAUCAUCGAGAGAUUCCUCAGCAGCAAGUCCAGUCAGUGCGUGCCCACCGUGUUGAAGUACGAGACAAGCUGCAUUCAGAGUCUGGAGAUGGAUCCUUGUGGUGAUGUCUUUCAUAAGUGCAGAGAUGACCUACAUAUUUACCUCAGUGGAGACCCCUUCACCAAGUACCAGAACAGCAUGUAUUUUGAACGUUUUCUGCAGUGGAAGAUGUUGGAAAGGCAGCCCAUCACCAAGCACACGUUUAGACAGUACAGGCAACUGGGGAAAGGAGGAUUUGGGGAGGUGUGGGCUUUCCAGGUGCGAGCCACAGGAAUGAUGUACGCCUGCAAAAAGCUGGAGAAAACUCACGUGAAGAAGGGGCGAGGAGAAGCCAUGGCUCUUAAUGAGAAGCAGAUACUGGAGGAGCUAGAUAGUCGGUUUGUGGUGAACCUGGCGUAUGCUUACGAGACCAAACACACCCUCUGUAUGGUUUUGACCAUGAUGAGUGGUGGGGACCUGAGGUAUCACAUUUACAACAUGGGCCCACUUGGCCUGAGCAUGGACAGAGUGCAUUUCUAUGCUGCAGAAGUCUGCUGCGGUUUAAUUCACCUCCACCAGAAAUCAAUCUUGUACAGGGAUCUGAAACCAGAAAACAUUCUUUUAGAUGACAAGGGACAUAUCCGCAUCUCUGACCUGGGCUUGGCUGUGAGGCUGUGUGAAGGAAGCCUGGUCCGAGGCAGGGUGGGCACGCUGGGUUAUAUGGCUCCUGAAGUGAUUGGCAACAAGCGAUAUGGGAUGAGCGCAGACUGGUGGGGCCUUGGCUGUCUGAUUUAUGAAAUGACUGCAGGUCAGCCUCCGUUCAAGACCCGAGGGAAGCAUCCUAAUUCCUCAGAGAUGGAGAGGAGGAUUCAGACAGAACAGGAGGAGUACAGUGACAAGUUUGGCAAAGAGGUUAAAGACAUCUGCACCUGGCUGUUGACCAAGGACCCCAAAAAGAGGCUGGGCUGCCUGGGCUCAGGAGGAAAAGAAGUGAAGUCUCAUCCUUUCUUUCAAGAAAUCAACUUCCGGAUGUUGGAGGCAGGACUUGUUGAGGCUCCAUUUAAACCUGAUCCCAGACUGGUAUACUGCAGCGAUGUGCAGGAGAUUGACGAGUUUUCUACAGUGAAGGGAGUUGUACUCACCCAAAUGGACAACGAUUUCUAUGCCAAGUUCAAAACAGGAAGCGUUCCCAUAGCAUGGCAAAAUGAGCUCAUAGAAACAGGAUGCUUCAAGGAGCUGAAUACUUUUGGUCCCGGAAUGUCUCGUACUCCAGAUCUGGUGUAUUCCCAGACGCCUGAAAGCCCCAAACGGAGCCUCCUAAAACGAAUGUUCCGCAGAAAUCACCCUUCAGAUUCAUCUGAAAGUAAGGACUACAUGAAGUUAGAACAUAUCAGCACCGCUCUGUAAGGACAACCCCAGCAUGGAGACUGGACCAUCGAAUGUAGCAGCAAAGCACCUCCUCUGCUUAAAUCAAUGCAUAGUAUAUUUGUUUGUUCAUACUUUUCACUGCUCCUUCACAGCCACACUACAGUAGAAAUUUAUUUUUAAUCUGCUUAAAAUAGCUGAUUCUUAAAUAUACUGUAUUUAUAAUCCACCGUUUCCGGGCAGUUCUGUUUAGACUGAAUGAGAAUUAUUAGAAGACUUUAAUGUAAUUAAUAUAUUCAUGAUUUGGGGCAUCUUAUAAGACUUAAGACUUGUAAGAUGCUCAUAAAUCUUGUCCAAAGAAGGGUCACAUGUUAGCUGGGGGUUUAUCUACCAAUCUAGAUCGACUUAAUGAUCAAUAACCCAACAGAAUAGAUCCCAAUAAAUUAUCAGUCAACACUGAUAAAGAAGUUAUUUCCAAGACACACUCGAGAAAGAACAUGUGGCACAGUAAAAUGUCUUACUUUAAUUUGAAGAGGAAAAUGUGGAUUUUCAGAGGUGUGCAAAUAUGACGAAGUCAGAAUGUCUAACUUGGUUAUUAUAACUAAGUUCUUUUGUUUGAAACUCCAGAUAGGAGUCAGGUUUACAUUAUAUCCUGCUUUAAUGUCUACAAAUAGAAAUUUAUUUUUUGUUUUCUUUUACAUGUGAACAUUUUACAGCUCAACAUCCAGAAUGUGAUGGUCCAUUUUUAUUAAAUGAACAAAUUGUUCAUUUAAAUGUCUGAUUGAGCUCAAGAUAAAUUUAUAUUUUGUG